UUGCUGCAAUGAUCCAGAAUGCUUUUACUUUUGUACAACUUCCAGCAUUUUAUUUUUAAAUACACAAUUCUGUCCUCCUAAAUAAGUACAGAUUGUGGAUACUUUUCACCUCUGGAAAACUAAAAGUCCAAUUCCAAUUCCGUUCCACCAUUGAUCAUUUGUCAAAGAUUUUUAACAGUUCAUGGAGCUGCUUUACUUUGCGUGGUAAGGAUGGUGCGUGCCUACAUCGACGGGCACGCGCGGCACCGUGCUCGCGUCGCGCUCGUGCCCGCGCAGUCUUGAAUUUGUCCCGCGGAUGCACGCCAGUUGUGUGCAGUGUAUGUUGGUCCAAACGACAAGACGGUGCCGGUUCGGUACGAGCACAAGUGGAGUAGUAGCACAGCCCUUCGGGACCAGAAGGUUCGGAAGCAGGACCGCUUCCGAGUUGCGGGCUUGUCGCAGUGAAGGAGCGAAGAAGCGGGGGGCACCGGCCGGCCGGCUCCCUGUUUCGGGCACCAGGCGAAGUCCGAGUCGCCUUUUUGUGGAUUAAAAAACAGAAAUGGGCCGCUGCCGCAAAACCGUGGAGGUGUUGCUGUUGCUGCUUCUGUGAACCAUGGCGGGGCUCCACGCUUCUUCGGAUCCAUCGGGACAUUUUCUGGACUUGAGCCGGUCGACGCAAGCCUCCGCCGCUGCAGGGUUCGGCGGCGGUGGAGGCGGGGCCACCCGGCCCUACUUGGAGGUGUCGGCCGACGCUGCCCGGAGCUUCGGAGCCGAUGGAGUGUACAGCAACGGCCGGUACCGGGAACUGAGCAGCCCGACGGUUGGCGUUCGCAGCCGGGAUCCGUCCACGGAGAGGAGCCAGGGAGGAGCGAACACACCUUGCGGCAUCAUGAAGGAUGGGUCCAAACAGAGGCAAGUGAGGAAAAAGACGGUUUCCUUCAGCUCCAUGCCGAGCGACCGCAAGAUCAACAGCACAGCGGCGUGCAUGGCCUUCAUGAUGGAAGGCUGCGAGAUGAAGAAAGUGCGCUCCAACUCGCGCAUGUACAACAGAUACUUCCUGCUGGACCCGGACAUGCACUGGCUCCGCUGGGAACCCUCCAAGAAAGACUCCGAGAAGGCCAAGCUGGAGAUCAAGAGCAUUAAGGAGGUCCGAUUAGGGAAGAAGACUCCGGUCCUUCGCAGCAACGGGCUCUCUGAUCAGUUCCCGGAUGAGUGCGCCUUCUCCAUCAUCUACGGGGACAACUACGAGUCGCUGGAUUUGGUUGCCAGUACGGCCGACGUGGUCAGCACCUGGGUGAUGGGCCUGAGAUACCUGGUGUCUUACGGCAGGCACACCGUCGACAUGGUGGAGCCCAGCCAGCCCAGCGUACGGACAUCUUGGAUCAGCUCGGUCUUUGAGCUGGCAGACAUGGAAAAAGAUGGACACAUUGAUCUUUUCAGGGCCACUCAAAUCAUCAAGGGGCUCAACCCUGGAAUGAAAGAGGCAAUGAUAGAACUCAAAUUCAAAGAACUCCAGAAAGCCAAAGACCAAUACGGCGAAGCGAUCAACAUGGACACAUUCGUGGAGGCCUACUGCGAGCUUUGCACGCGUCCGGAAAUUUUCUUCUUGCUGAUGCAGUACUCCAGUAACAAGGAGUACUUGGACUGUAAAGACCUUAUGUUAUUCGUGGAGGUGGAGCAAGGUGUAGAAGGUGUGACGGAGGACACGUGUAGGGAUAUGGUUCUAAAAUACGAGCCCACGGCCGAAGGCAGGGAACAGAUUUACCUCUCCAUCGAUGGCUUCACGCAUUACCUCCUCUCGUCCGAGUGCCACAUCUUCGACCCGCAGCACAAGCGGGUGUGCCAGGAUAUGACUCAACCCUUGUCCCACUACUACAUCAACUCUUCACAUAAUGCCUCUCUUCUGGAAGAUCACUUCUGGGGUUCCUCCGACAUCAGUAGUUACAUUCGCGUUCUGAGGAUGGGCUGCCGCAGCAUCGAGGUCGUCGUCUGGGACGGUCCCGAUAAUGAGCCGGUGGUGUACGUUGGUAGUUCCGUGGCCUCGCAGCUGGCAUUCUCCAAGGUCCUGGAUAUCGUCAACCAAUAUGCUUUUGAGAGCUCCGAGUAUCCGCUCAUCCUCUGCUUAGUUGCUCAUUGCUCCGUCUAUCAGCAGAAGGUCAUGGCCCAACACAUGAAAAAAGUUCUCGGGGACAAACUGUAUGUGGAUUCCCCCAACAAAGAGGAAAACUAUCUGCCCUCUCCUGAGACACUCAAAGGGAAAAUCCUUCUCAAGGGUAAGAGACUCGAGCACGGUUGCACAGAACCCGAAGGUGAUGUGACGGAAGAGGAAGAAGGUUUCGAAAUGUCCAGAAGAGUAGAAGAUAGAGACCAACUAAACGGUUGUAGAAGUCUCCGUCUGUGCAAGGAGCUCUCUGAGCUCGUGUCUCUUUGUAAAUCGGUCCAGUUCCGAGACUUUGAGACGUCAAAAAGGGACCAGAAAUAUUGGGAGAUUUGCUCCUUCAACGAGGUCGACGCCAACAGAUUCGCCAAUGAGUUUCCGGAGGAGUUUGUCUGCUACAACAAGCGUUUCCUCUCCAGGGUUUACCCCACCCCGAUGCGGAUCGACGCCAGUAACAUGAACCCGCAAGAUUUCUGGAAAUGCGGCUGCCAAAUCGUCGCCAUGAACUACCAAACGCCCGGCCUGAUGAUGGACCUCAACCUCGGCUGGUUUCGACAAAACGGUAACUGCGGUUACGUGUUGAGGCCGGCCAUCAUGAGAGAGGAGGUGUCCUACUUCAGCGCCAACGCUCGGGAUUCCUUGCCCGGGGUUUCCGCCCAGCUCCUUCACAUUAAAGUCAUCAGCGGGCAGAACCUCCCCAAGCCUCGCGGUUCGGCGGCCAAGGGCGACGUGGUGGAACCGUACAUAUACGUGGAGAUCCACGGCAUCCCGGCCGAUUGUGCCGAGCAAAGAACCAAAACCGUGUCUCAAAACGGCGACAACCCCAUUUUUGAUGAGAGUUUUGAAUUCCAGAUCAAUUUACCCGAAUUGGCCGUCCUGCGUUUCGUGGUGUUGGACGACGACUAUAUCGGAGACGAGUUCAUCGGCCAGUACACCAUCCCGUUUGAGUGCCUGCAGCCCGGGUACAGGCACGUCCCGCUACAGUCGCUGACGGGAGAGUUCUUACCCAACACCACGCUGUUCGUCCACGUGGCCAUCACAAACAGACGGGGAGGCGGCAAGGCCCAUAAGAGAGGAAUUUCAGUCAGGAAAGGUCGCAAAACCCGCGAAUACACCAAUACCAAAACCACCGGGAUCAAAGUGGUGGACGAACUUUUCCGAGCAUCCACCCAACCACUUCGGGAGGCCACGGACCUCCGAGAAAAUGUACAGAACGCCAUGGUGUCCUUCAAGGAGCUCUGCGGUCUGACGCCGGCCGCCAACAUGAAGCAGUGCAUCUUGACCGUGUCCACCUGGCUGAUGAACAGCGAGCGCUCACUUCGGGUGACGGUGGACCUGAGCGAGACCUACCCCACCAUGGAAGCUCAGGGUCUGGUGCCCGAGCUGCUGCGCAAGGUGCUCAACGCCUACGACAUGAUGAUCCAGACGAGCAGAACGCUGAUCGAAUCGGCAGACGGCGUCUACUGCAAACUCGUGCAAGCACAGCGCGCAGGUCUGGACUUCCACGAGGACCUGCACCGCAUCGGUGUCAAGGAGGGCUUGAAGGGUCGCAAACUCCAGAAGGCCAUGGAGAGCUACGCCUGGAACAUCACCGUGCUCAAGGGCCAGGCGGACCUAUUGAAGCACGCCAAGAGUGAGGCACUGGACACCUUCCGUCAGAUCCACUGCGCAGCUCAGUCCUGCGGCCUCAGUAAAAAUGGCGCAGCCUCCCCUCAGCUGCAACAUCACCCGCCUUAUCUCCACCAACACCCGACGCAGCCUCAGGCCAAGGCGUCACCGCUACCGUCCCCCUCGCAACCCCAACCUUGGACUGCUCAUUCUCCACUCCCACUGUUCCAAAGUGUUCCGAAACCACCUGCUUACACGCCCCCUCCAGCUUUGCCGCCACACUUCCAGUUUGAGCAGCAAAGAGCAGCCGGACCAUUGGACUCAAUCACGGAGAAGGAGACAUUCAGCGACGAGCCGGCCGGACCGGGACACUGCUGACCCGCAGCCUGUGCCCACGGAGACGAGCACCCGAGAGAGGAUCAAAAAAAUGAGGGGAAACAUCUGGAGGCGAGCGGUCAAGAAAAGGAGAUGAUGAAGAGGAAGACCCGCCGCACUAGGAGUGAAACACAAGUGUGAAGGUUAGACUUGAGAGAGCAGAAGAAGAAGAUGUAAAUUUUCACUUUCACGCUUCACACGUUUUCUUCUUCUGCUAUCUCCAAAGUUCUCUCUCGGGGUGCCAUCGUUUUCCCACACACCUUCUAUUCUUCUACUCUGUGGGUACAGGCUGCACCUCAUGACCGCUUUCCUACGUGGUCACACUUUGCCUCUGCAUUUUUAUUUCUUCACAAUUUUUAGUCCUCUUAUUUGUUUGCCCUGAGGAACACUUCGGGAAUCAUUCCUUGAUUUUAGUUUUAACAACCUGGGCUCACUUCACCUAACAACCACAAUCAGAAAAUAUGACUCUUGAUGUGAACUAUAUAAAAUGUAAGAAGGACUGAUUCUAAUUGUUUGUGGUUCUAUCUAUUUUUUUUUUUUGCAAAGUUUUAAUUCUACGUUAUGUUAUUGUCUGGACAGUCGCCGCAUGGGUGGACUCCAAUGAGGGAAUUACGGGUCCGCGCCACAGCACCCAGGGUCCACAAAACAUAAGAAAAUAGAUAUAUGUGUG